AUGUUUUUCUUUGAACGAGCAAUUGCCAAACAAAUUAAAAACGGUGGUGGACCAUAUUUUCGAUAUAUUGAUGAUUUAUUUAUAGUAAUUAAUUGGCCUGUCAGGCAUUUGUUAAAACAAAUCGAGAGAUUGAACAAUUUUGAUGAAAAUAUCAAGCUAAAAGCUAAUAUUGGCUCAUUUACAAAUUUUCUUCAUUUAUAUACAGAAAAUCGAGAUGGCACACUGUUUACUGCAGUAUAUCAAAAACCAUCCUAUGAGCCUUAUUAUUUGCCAUCUAAUAGUAUUCCUCCAUUACAUAUGAAAAAGAAUAUACCUUUUAUAAUGCUCUUACGAACUAUUAGGUAUUGUUCUACAUUUCAAACAUAUUUGAGUGAACGUGAAAAUUUACGAAUGGCCUCAUUACUUAAUAAAUAUCCCAAUAAGAUUAUUGAACAACAAUUUAAUAAUGUUUUAUUAAAAUUUAAUAUUGAUCAGCCAUUAACUAUUAAUAAUUAUAAUAAAUAUCGUCAAAACGUGUUAGAUUCACCAUAUAAGGAGCCUACAGGAAUUGAUUAUGAUAAAGUUUUAUUUAUUCAUUUCACUUAUUGCUCAAGUAUGGAAAUGUUUCCCUUAAAAUUUCAUACAUUAUGGAGUAAAUCUUUUGGUGAAUCUCCAAUUAAUGAAAUUACGCCCGUAUUGAGAAUACGAAAUGUUAAAAAUUUACAGAGACGAUUAACCCAUUAA